AUGGCCACCGCUAUCCGCUCCAUCAAGUCCCUGGUCCCGCUGCUCGACCGCGUGCUGGUCCAGCGCGUCAAGGCUGAGACCAAGACCGCCAGCGGCAUCUUCCUGCCCGAGUCGAGCGUCAAGGAGCUCAACGAGGCCAAGGUCCUGGCCGUCGGCCCCGGCGCCCUUGCCCGCGACGGCAACCGGGUGCCCAUGGGCUGUGCGGCCGGCGACCGUGUCCUGAUUCCUCAGUUCGGUGGUUCCCCCGUCAAGGUCGGUGAGGACGAGUACACGCUCUUCCGCGACAGCGAGAUCCUCGCCAAGAUCAACGAGUAA